AACUGCGAGCAUUUCCUCCCAGGCGGGCCGGCGCGAUCCCGGGGAGGGUGGGGAGGUCGGCCGCGGGCAGAAGUGGCGCUGCGCUCCGCCGGCCGGCAGCAUGCGGCCCCUGCUCUGCGCGCUUGCCGGGCUCGCCCUGCUCCGCGCCCCGGGUGUCUUCGCCGCUGAUGAACCCUUCAUCCCCUCCCGAGGAGACUCAGCUCAGAGCACAGGGUGUGACAGAUACAUGGCUGUCCACAGUCGGCUGGAUGUCAUAGAGGAGACGGUGGAGAAGACGGUGGAGCACCUGGAGGCAGAAGUCAAAGGCCUGCUGGGUCAGCUGGAGGAGCUGGCCUGGAACUUGCCCCCGGGGCCCUUCAGCCCGAUCCCCGACCUCCUCGGAGAUGGAGAUGAUCGCUUUUGAGCACCAGAGCUGGAGCCGCCCAGCAGCUGGCAGUGACACAACAGCUCUCCUCUGAGAACAGAACAGGCAUUCUGGCCUGGCUUCCUCAGCUUUGUGCAAAAUAAAACCUACUCCUUUGGUCCUCUCUGUGUCUGCUGACAGUGACCUCAGGAGCCACAGCCCCCUCUCCGUUUGCUCCCAUGCCCUGAGACUCACACCCCUGCAGACUCAGACGCAAGAACACCAGUCCAUCUGCACACUUCCACCCUUCAUAUUUACAGGGAUGGACAGGGCAGGGAUGGGUUCAAGAGGUGAGGCCCCUGAAGCCCAGAAUUUUAAGGCAGCACAGUGGAAGGGCCCUCUGAGUAGCCUUGUUAAUCAGCAUGUGACCAUGGGUGAACAGUAAAGGAGUCACCUGGAAGCUUAUCAAAAGUGCUGAAUUUGGGGCCCUGCCCAGAACCUACAUUUUAAUGAGACUGCCCAGGGGAUUUGUAUGCAUGUUAAAUUUUUCUCGACUAAAGAAAAAAUUUUUUCGACUAAAGUAAAAUUCAUGUAAAAUUCUAAAUUUUAACUGUUCAAAAUGGUACAGAUUCAGUGGGUUCACAGUGUUGUGCAAUCACCACCACCUAAUUCUAGAAAUUUUCAUCACCCCCUAAAGAAACCCUGUACUAUUAAGCUGUCAUUUUCCAUUUCCCCUCCCAUCCUCCCUUGGAAAUCACUAAUAUUUUGUGUCUGACGUUUUUUCACUUACCAUGUUUUCAAGGUUCAUCCAUGUUGUAGCAUAUAUCAAUACUUCAUUUUUGUUUAUAGCUGAACAAUAUUCCAUUAUGUAGCUAUCACAUUUUAUUCAUCCAUUCAUCAAAUCUGUGGACAUGUGGGUUGUUUAUACUUUGGAGUUAUUAUGAUUAACACUAUGAACACUCAUUCAUGCAUAAGUUUGGGUGGGUAUGUGUUCUCAUUUCUCUUGGAUGUAAUUGUUCAGUCAAAGAGUGACUCUUUAAGUUUUUGAAGAUUCACCAUUUUUGCAUAGCAACUGUAUCACUUUAUGUUCCUACCAGCAAUAUAUAUGUAAGAUUUUCAAUUUUUCCUUAUCCUCCCCAACACAUCUCAUUGAUUACAGCCAUCACACUAGAUGUGAAGUGGUAUCUCGUGGUUUUAACUUGCAUUUACCUGAUGAUUAGUGAUGCUGAACAUCUUUUCAUGUUUGUCUGUCACUUUUGUUAUCUUUUUGGGGGAAAGUCUAUUCAAAUCCUCUGCCCAUUUAAAAAACUAGGCUGUCUUUUUCCUGUUGAGUUGUAAGAGUUCUUUAUGUACUGUGGAUACUAAAUUUUUAUCAGAAAUAUGAUUUGCAGGUGUUUUCUCCCAUUCUGUGGGUUGUCUUGACAGUGUCCUUUGAUAUCCAAGUUUGUUUUGAUGAAAUUCAGUUUAUCUAUUUUUUGUUAUUGUUGCUUGUUCUUUUGCUAUCAAUAUAAGAAUCCACUGACAUA